AUGAUCAAGCAGAUGAGAUUUGAGGACACGAGCCAUGUUAUUGACGUGCAUUCGAAGAUCAACCACAUCAACAUCUUGAACUUAGAGGCGGUUUCUUACGGCGAAAAUCACAUGUCAUGGUCUUAUCUAGUUUUCGAGUUUCCGAGCAAUGGCUGCUUGAGGGGCUGCUUGUCUAGUCCAUCUAGUCCUAUCAAGUGGCAUUGGCGAACACAAAUAGCUUUCGAUAUUGCAACUGGACUACACUACUUACACUGUUGUACUUUCCCUUCUUGUGCUCACCUAGGCAUAAACACUAGAAACAUUUUUGUGACAGCAAAUUGGAGGGCAAAGCUUUCGAACAUUGGAACCAUAUCGGCUGAGGGAUUUUCGGAAGGAAAUGACAAAGGAUGGGUUGCACCAGAGUACCUUCUACACCGAUCAGCUUCUGAGAAGGUGGAUAUUUUUGCAUUUGGAGUUGUUUUGCUUGAGCUCAUCUCAGCAAGAGAGGACAUUGAUGGGAAGUCGUUUAAAGAGUCCAUCAAAUUUUUGGGAGGGGGUGCUAGCGAAGGCGGUUUCCUCGAACAACUUAGGAGCUUCAUGGAUCCACAGUUGGAGGAUUAUCCUCUUGCAGAGGCCUUAUGCUUAGCUGUUUUAGCGAAGGCCUGUGUGGAGGACGAUCCUCUCCAUCGGCCAUCCAUCGAUGACAUCAUGAAAGUGCUCGCAAGAAUGGUAUGA